UGGAUGUACGCUGUGCGAAUUCUCGUUUUUUGUCUUCAAGUUAAGUGAUUUGUUAUAAUCAAACCAUUGCUGGCUCCUUAAUUAACACGAACGGCUUGUCCGGUGCUCCUUCGUUAAGAUGGACAACGUUUCUGUGUCAAAGGGCGUUUUUACAUACAAAGGUGCUUACAAAAUCGGUCAGAAAAGGACAAAAUUUGCGUUACCAAAUUAUUUUGACGAACCUUGGUAUAUUUCUUAUAAAUCGACAUGGACAAGAAUUCAAAGUGCUGCAGAGGAUAUACGGUCCAAUACGUUUCAACAAGUUUUGGAUGAGUUAGAUUGUUUUGUUUCCAUUACUAAAGAAAAGCCAUUAGAUAGUCUUGAAAAUGAAAUACCCACAGCUAUUGUAUUAACAGGAAUUAAUGUCCCUGAUCAUGCGGUAAUGUUCACAAGAAUAAUUUCUAAAUUACAACCAAUAUCAAACCAUAUAGCAGUUCUGUGGAACAGAGAUUCAACUAAUAUAAGAAGUAUCGUAGAAGAAACAAUUUAUCAGCUAAUGAAUCACGAGAACACGGAUGAAAAUGAAAAGAUUAAAAAGAGCGACUGUAAUAUGAGAGCUUUAAAACUAUGGUAUGAAGAGCAUUGUCAACCGGAAGAUCCUCUUAUUAUAAUCAUAACUGAUUUUGAAAGUUCUUCGUCCACGGUAUUACGUGACUUUAUUUUGAUAUUGAGUUCGUAUUCAAACACAAUAAAGUUUAUUCUUAUAUUUGGUGUUGCUACUACUUUGCAUGCAAUACACAGAUCUUUAACAUACGACGUUACAUCAAAAUUAAACGUGCAAGUAUUUCACAUACAAACUCAAGUUAAUAUUCUGUCAGAUGUAUUAGAAAAUACAGUUUUCUGCUCAGAAAUACCAUUUAAAUUGACUGGACGAGCAUUUCAGUUAUUGACAGAUAUAUUUUUGUUUUACGAUUUUUCUGUUGAGAAUUUUCUGCAAAGUUAUAAGAUAUGCAUGAUACAACAUUUUUACGCGAAUAAUGUAAUAUCUCUAUGCUGUCAUCCGCUAGAGAUUAAAAGUAGAAUGUCUAUCUUAAUCGACGAUGAUUUCGAAGAAAUAAAAAAGGUACCUUCUAUAGCAAAUUACAUCGAACAAUUACAAAAAGAAGAAGGUAAUAACGAACCUAUCGACAACGAAAAAUUCAAGGGAAUAUUGACUAAACUGUUAAAAGAAUAUCAUCGAUACAUGCAUCGGUUUUUAAGAAUAUUAAGGUGUCUGUACUAUCUCGUGUCGACAUUGCCAAACGCACCGAUGGGCAAACAGCUACGCGAGUUCUACACGAAAGCAGUAAACGUGAACGAUCUGAAAGAUUGCCGCGAGUACAAUGAGUGCAUGCAGCUCUUGAGCUUUCUAUCGAAGCAAGAGUUUCUCUCGAAGCUGAAGUUCAUUAUUUCGACCAUCGAGAACUCGCGAAAUUCGAGUAUGAUAAAGAUGAAAUCGGACCUCCAGGGUCACGUGGCGAGAAUCGAAGAGGCUAGCUUGGAAGAACCAGUCGCGCCUACCGAUGUUCUCGGUAGCGGCGAGAAACUGAGUCGGCUCGAAUUGAAAGAGAGAUUGCUAAAAAUGUCCAAAAUGCACGCACGGUCGGCGUACAAACAAGCACAGUUAGACGUGAUCAAUUACCUGGACCAAAACGUGUUCUCCGUUUACUUGGUAAAUCCAAAUCGCAUAACGGCGCACGAGAUAUUCUGCUUCAGCGACGGCGGUCUAGCCAAACAACACAUUCGCGGGUCUCUGAGGGCUGCGAUACACACGGGACUCAACGAUCCACAAGUGUACUUGAACUGCGACUGCUGUAAAUUGGAGAUCGACGAGGCCAUCCCGUCCACGCUGCCCGACCUCAGUAUAAUUUACAAGCUGCACUUGGAAUCCAGGAAGCUGAUCAAUAUGUACGACUGGCUGCAGGCAUUUUUGAUCGUUAUGAAUCCCGAGAGCGACGAUAAGGAGCAACGUAACGUGGAUCCCCAACUGCAAGCUCGUUUUACUCAAGCGGUGGCCGAGCUGGAGUUCCUGGGUUUCAUCAAGAGCUCACGGAAGAAAAUGGAUCAUGUGAAGCGGCUCAUGUGAUGAUCUUUGGGCUCGAUUCUCGUAUACAUCGGACCGUUUGUGUUUUUUCUACUUUCGACUAUUUUUGUACCAUGUUUGUUUAAUUAAAAAGGCUACAUCGUCGUUUGGUUCCUAUCCUUUCCACCUGAGUGUCCUUUAGCAUGUGAAUUAUUAUCUUAGUUCCUCGUUAAGUAAAUCGUGAAAUUGAA